AUGGUGGAGCAAGGUGCCAGGCGUCCCCAGGCAAAGUUGCAGUUCUCCCGGGAUGCGGGUGGAGGAGAGGGGAAGAUUUGCUCUGGCUGGCUGGCUGGCACGAGCAAGACAUUUUACCGGAAGCGCUUGAAGCAGGCACUCCUCCUAGCUGCCGUCGAGACGAAGCUUCAAAGAGUUCGCUUGCUCCCGGUUGAGCAGCGCCCACUGCAGCGCGAGGUGCUGCGGCGGCGGCGCGCAUCGAUUCUGCAGGGGGGCCAGGCAGAGGCAGAGGUGGUGCCUAGCCGGUGGGAAGAGCUCCGCAAGGAAGUACUCGACCGCCACACCAUCGUCAUGAAGGGCGGUUGGCUACAGGGCAAAUCCAGAAGUUUCUUCGUCCUCGCAGGUGCCGACCUGACCGUGUUCGAAAGGUUAGACAGCACGUCGCACAAAAUGCAGCUAAGCCUGUUGGGCUGCACAGCCAAGUUAGAGGAGCCGCAUGAGCAAACUUCGGCCAAUCCUCCCUUCGAGCCUGGAUUUCCAGCCAGAGUCAGCGUGACUUUGGCCACAGGGUGGCGGCUCUGGCUGUAUGCGCCACGGCCUGCCUUGGCCAAACACUGGUGCCGUUGCAUUCGUUUAACGAAUCUGAUCCACGAGUCGAAGAAGGGAAAGCUCGCUUUAGAGAUUCCGCUGGAGACCAUUGCCCAUUACGUGCAGGUGCAUUCCAGACGCCGUGCAUGGGAAGUCUUGGUCUCGUACAACAAGAUAUGGUGGGAGAGGAAUACCUUGCUGUCGCAAUGCUCUCAAGCCUUCGAGAAACUGAGUGUCCAGCGGGCAUGGGGCAAGAUGAUUGAGGUGUACGGAGCCAGGUGCAAGGAGAAGGCUCAGGAGGAGGCUGCUGUGCGUUCGAUGCCGGUGCAGGCCACGGCGUUGAACAGCGACCAGUAUGAUGCCGAGCUGUUGACGCUGCGUUACAAGGCAGUAUCCUGGCUACAAAGACGAGUUCGUGACCUAAUGCGGUCAGAUGGUGGGUUGGCCGCAGUUGCAAGGGCAGCAGGAAGAAGGCCGGGGCCACCGCUUUGCCACAAGCGAUUGCAGCGGUGCAUUCCUGUGGGUGCCUCAUUGGUCGUUGGCGCCGAGCAGGCCUUGCAGCCUGCGGGAAGAGGUUCUUGUGCCUUCUCCUCGAGCAGUUCAAAGAAGAGCCUGCCGCCUUGCACUGGACUUCUGUGGAUUUCCAAGUGUUUGAGCAAGCUGCACGUUUGUCAGCGAGGCACGUCGGAUGUGCCGGCCUUUGUGCACAUCGACGGCAUCUCCUCCGUUGUCAUGCAUUCGGAUAGGGUGGAUGAGUUCAAGGAGCAUGCGGGCCCGUGGCUGACCUUGUACGGGCCGCUUCAAAACAUCCACCGCGGUGUAUCUGAGAUGGCCAUUCGUAGUGUCUCUUCGCGCCGAGCUCUUGCAGCUGGCAGCAAAGUCAGCAACCCAGAAGCCCAACAAAGCCUUCGGCUGACGGUUGCUGUCAGGGCUGGUUGGAUACCCAAGGCCAGCAGAAGUGCUGGCCGCACCUGCACACGCGCGUACUUGAGCCUUCUGGGGCAGCGAGUGGUGAGUGCCAUUCAGACUGGAGAAGAUGUGGACUACACGUGUGCGCUGGACCGUCACAUUGCCCUGCCAGAUGACAGUGAAGAGGCCUCACAACUCUUGGACGCUCUCGAGGAAGCUAUUUGCAGCGUGGACAUUGUUGAGGAAGCCCAUCCGGAUGUGCUGUUCAGCCCAGGUCGGGUCAGUUCAAGAGUGCUUUGUGGCAACCGCGUGGCUCUCUGGCGGCUACUUUCAGCCCAAAGCGAGGAAAUGCCGAUGCAAAAGACGCCCAGGUCCACAGCGCAUGGGCUGCUGGGCUUCAACAGUGUAACGACUACAUGGCGAAUUCCCUUGUCGAACAGCCGAGACGAGCACAUGGCGCAGAAGCCAUUUGUGGACAUUGACGUGCGAUCUGAACAUGUGCGAUCACAGAGCGUCGCGUCAAAGCCGAGACUGGUAUCACCUGAGCAGUGUGCUGCCGUGGCAUCGUCUUAUCCCUUUGGCUCUGUUGGUGUUCGGACGGCGCCAGCAGACGAGCUGGUUGAGCAACCCGCUGGCCCGAAGCCCUACUUCCUGCAGUUACGCCUGGGCGACUUGAAGGCAGGCAUCAUGGCAAAGCCGGAGGAGGUUCGAAUAGAGCUUCGUUGCGGUGGCCUCAAAGCCUUUUCGCUGCCGGCUGGUGAUCCCUGCUUGCUGGAACAGAAAGGGUUCAUGUCCUUCAAGGGAGUCAAAGUGCUGCUCCCUUUACCACCUGAGUUUUCGGAGAAGUUUGCAGGUGGUGGGCAGCUUCCUCCUGUACACCUCCUUGUCAAGCUUGCUGCAGCCAAAGAUGCUGCACAGCCGAUGAGCUUCAACGACGUGCUUAAGCUUUCUGGACGCGCCGUCCAGAAACAUGUGCCCGAGACAUCUGUUUUGCAUGCCACCCUUCUACUUGAUAAUCUGGACUUCGAUGAUCCGACUCACCUGCGGCCCCUGGCAUUGUGCAGCGUCGCAGAGGCCCCACACGAAUCGGUUCUUGCGCAACUGAAGGAUACGGCACUGCCGGCACAUGUGCCAUCCCUAGCAGUUGCCGCCUGCCUUCGUGACGAUCUUCAGCAGAUUGAUGGCGAGCAAAGCGGCAGGGUCUACGUUGGCGACGUAGGUGCUCUCUCGGUGGAGGAGGUCCUUCAAUAUCCUCAAAGUCAAGCUGAUUUUCGCCGCAGCCUUGCAGCUGGCAGCUGGGACGAGAAGAGGAUCGGCCUAGAAGGUACCCCUCUUCGAGGGCCUCGCACUGCCGUCGAGCUGGCCCAUUCGCGCUUGCCACCAGACACAAAAACGCUGGUGAACUUACUCCGGAAGCCGCCGGCGCUGGAGAAGUGGCCACAAAGCGAAGCAGUUCCAGUCAAGUUUGCCGUUGAAGCAGGCGAAGAUGAGUGUGCUUAUCGCCGGCGCCAGCUGCCUGCGACCUGGCAUAGAGUCCAGGAGGCUUUGAUGGAGGCAUCGGCCACACCGAGCAGCCCAUCAAAGCUGCCAAUGCCGAGGAAAGCUCUUGUUGUGGAGGAACUGACACAUGCGCUCCGAGAAGUUCUCGUCACCGUCCUUGCAAUCUACAAUGAUGGGACCUGUGACGUGGAGCUGUCUCCUGUUUUUAUACGGCACUGGAAGGUCCAUGCUGCCCGGCGCUACCGCUUGCCUGGUGCAGUCACAGCGACUCCUUGCACUGCCACAUACGAGCCGGAUGCGGAGUCGUAUCGCGUGAUGCUGCAGGGAAUACCUGUGACAUCAAUCAAGGCAGAGCAGGCAGCCGGAUUUCACGUCUAUGACACAGCCGUCCUGAAGCCUCAAGAUGCCCUGACGGCUGCACUCCACGGCGGCGCUACCGAAACCCUCGGUGGUCCAGUGCCGCUGGAUGCCGUGGAGGAGGUCUGCCAGCACGAGUGGAAGCUGCAUCUGCGAGUGGACAGCGAGGAAGACAUGCGACGACUGGUGGUAAGCCUUCGGCAGUGCGCAAGGAUGUACCAGCAGGCAAGGAAGGCCGGUGGCGUCGCUCCCUGGCUGGCUGGACAAAAGGCCGGCGGCCAGCCUAUGCCAAAGGGGAGCGGCCAGCUUGAAGUGCUUCUCGUUCGCGCCAAGAACCUCCUGCCAAGGAGUGGAGGAUGCACAGAGGUCGCCACCUCCUUGGAUGCUUUGGCCGCCGGCAGGCCAAUCAUGCAGGUUAUGGGUGACAUGCUGCGACCCGCACGCAACCUGGAGAUCUUUGUUCGGCUCCGACUCAUCGAUGAUGGAGAGGUCAUGUCCAUCGACGGGCGACAAUGCUUCGAAUCGCCGACGCGACAGGGCUCAGCCAGCCCCAGUUGGACUGGGCUGGACCAUGGUGGUCAGCACGAUGGUUGGCUGUUCCGGAGCCAGGCCAUCCUCCCCGAAAGGAUGCCGCACCUGUGGCUUGAGCUGGAAGUCAUAAACAUCGGACUCGCCGGCGAAGAGCUCAUCGGCAGGGUGAGGAUUCCCGUGACGAAGAAAGACUUUCUCACGAGUCCCAAGGCUCCUUUCAAGAACCUGUGGCUGCCCUUGGCUCUGCCAGAUGCCGAUGGCAAGUGGAGGGUCACGCAGUGUGGAGAUGUACACAUCCUGACAAUGUGGAAGCCGAUAGACAUAGACAAUCCUCAAGGUCAACUUGCAGGUGCUGCCACUGCCUCCGGCAACUCCCCUUUGGGUUAUUUGAGGAGGUACUUGCGGGGCGAGCUGGAAGCGGCCGAAGGUGGCGCUGGAUGCAUACGUCUUUGCGGAGGCGAUGGCGAAAUCUCUGGCAAUGACCUUGCACUUCUCCUUGAGCCUGCAGGCUACAAUCCAAACCUUCCUGCGAGCCAGGCGUCCGCUGAGGAGGUAGCUCUGGAGCGUGCUGUUUGGAUGGCCAUGCUCCAACCUCGCCUUUCCUGUCAGGACGAGAGGAGCCUCCAUAGCUGGAAAGCCUUCCGAGACAAGCUGACAUCAGCUGGUUUUGCGGAGGCCUCACUCGCAGAGCUCAGAUUGUACUCUGCCGAGAAGAGCGAGGCAAGUUGGAAGGAGGAGAUGAAGGGUUUGAUUCGAUUUGGGGUGCCAGAAGAGUACAGGGCGGAGAUCUGGCUGGAUCUAUCCAUGGCUGCGCGGUCUCGCGCAGAGUGGCCGGAGGGUAGCUACAGUGCCUUCCUUGAUUGUGGCAAGCAGCUCGUGAACGCCGCGGUGCAGCAGCUUCAGCAGGACAUCCUGGCAGCUUUGGAGUGGGAGCCUUCCAAGGACCCUGCUGCCGUCGAAGUGCAUCGGCAGCUUCUGCAGAAGGCGCGCAAUGUCUGCAUGGCCCUUAUUGGCUUUUCUGCUGAGUCUUCGGAGCAUGGUGCAGGCAUCGCGUACACUGAGAGCUUGCUGGCAGUUGCCUUCCACCUGCUCAUGGGCAAGAGCAAGGCGAGCUUGUCGGAGCAGGAUGUAUUCUGGCUUGUCCAUGCAUUGUCGUACUCCAGCGCGAACGGAGCAUUCCGGGACUAUUUUUCCUCUGCGCCAUCUCAGGAUGGCCUGACCUCGGGCUUGGGCGCAGCAGAGGACACGCUGUUGCUGGACUCUGCCCUAGCCAUCCAUGAGCCCCAGGUGCGCAAGCGCUUGGCCAUGCUGGGGAUCCCUGCUUCAGCGCUCUUCUGGACGCAUUUUGGCUGCUUCUUCGCUGGAGUACUGCCAGCUGCCUCCUUUUGGCGGCUGAUGGACGUUCUGGUCGGGGAGUCGGCGGAUCCCGAGGCCUGUCCGCAUGCGCGGCAUGUGCUGGUUGACCUCUCCUUCGGAAUCCUCCAGCGUGAUCGGGAGGCGAUCUGCGCAUGCCAUUCUGCGCUGGAAGUCGUGUCGCUGGUCCGAGCCAGGCUCGCCAUGCUGGUCGAUCCAGAGGACUUGGUGGACAUCCUCGUCCAAGCUGAGGCAUUUCUGUGGCAGGGCUUUAGCCGGAACGAGGUCCUGAGUAUGUGGAGUGCGGCAUCUCAGGAGUUCACGAGGUUCUGUCGGCAGCAGCAGCGGCAGGACCUCGUCGUCAAACAGCUGCAUGCCCUGAGUCCAUUCAAGCCCCUCGACAAAUCCCUGGAGACCCCACCAGGAUCAAGGCAGUUGACGACAGAGUUUGUGCUUCAAUCUGUGGUUCCGGCCAUGCAAGAAGCUCUGCCACUCACCGACGGCUUCCCCGGUGGGGCGCUCCGUCAACUCCCGGAGGAGCUGUUGGACAUGCUCAUCGGUCCCAUGAGCGACACUUUCGUUGAUACAGGCAAGAGUGUAGCGCAGAUCGCUUCGAUGGUGGUGUCAUCUGCCCUUGGCCUGAGCGACAAGAGGUCUGAAGCUACGGAGAUGCCUGACGUGCGACCGUGGAAGUGCUUGGGUUCCUUGCCGGAGCCGGAAAAGCUGACUUUGGAGAGGUUCACUGUGAUGCUGAAGGAGAACUUUCCAGGCUGGCAUGAAAAGGCCGAGGAGCUCUUUGCGGCGUUUCGCUGGGAUGCAUGGGCAACCGAAGCUGUCUUCGACAAUCACAUGAGCUUGAACGAGUUCUUCAUCGUUUUCAUCUGCUGCUCGCAAGGCAGCGUGACGGACAAGGCUGCAGCCCUUUUUGACUUGUUUGCGGACUUCCCCAGGCCAGAUGCUGCCGAGUCGUACCCCCACCGGAUUCCCAUCUCUCGGGUGGCUGAGCUGGCAGCCGGUGGUCCACCAGAAGAAGAGGCCUUGGCGGCGCAGUGCAGGGCGUGCGGGUCGCUCCCGCCGCCGCAGAAAAAGGAAGCUGCUGCGCUGGAGAUUGAGGUCUGGGCAAACGAAUACGGCGAGAAGGCCGGUGUGGUCUUCGUGCGCUCCUUGUGGCCGUUUGCCCGGCCAAGUCCUGUACUGGAAGAGCAGGAGCUCUUGCGCAGAGGCUCUCAUUUCUACAUUUGGGCAGACACGGCCGAGGUCCAUUCCCCGCGAUGCGUGGGCGAACUGUACCUGGGCAUAUCCUGGACUCCGAGGACAAGCAAAGUUCCGGACACCGGAACUUUAGUUUUAUGCGUUGGCGGCCUCAAGCUCUUCAGUGUCGAGAGGCUCUCAAGGCCCUGGAUGCGUACAGUGGUCUAUGACAAAGACGGUCAUCGAAGGCACCCAGUCCUCCAUGGGCAUCAGAGCAUCGGGCAAGAGGACGGUCUGCUUCCGAGGUGGGCGCAGCACUCCUUUGCAGCCUCUAUGGCCUGGGCUCAGGAGGCUGCCCACUGGAACGCAGACAAGCAGGAGUGGACCUGGGCACCGCCUGCCAACCUCGUGUCAUCCAACACAGAUCUCGUAGUGGCUGGUGGAACAGUCCUACCUCCUCAACGACCGGGCAGCCAGAAGGUCGUGACCCUGCAGAGCUGCCGGCUGAUCGCUGAUGUGCUGUUCAGGAGAGGCUGCGCAUACCUCUCAAGUCGCCAAGCGGCUCAGACUGCUGACUGCUGCUUCCACAGAGCUGGCCUCUGUGCUGGCAUACUAGAAGCACUGUUGGUGGAGGGGGAGGAGGUGCCGUCAUGCGGCAUUUCACAGCAGUACUGCGAGAAGCACGGUCGAUCCUACGUGGACAUAAGUGCGUCUAUUCUGUUGGAGGCGGAGAAGCAGAUGUUCGAGUGCACCGGCAGUCUGAAUCUUUGGGAAAGAGCAGAUAGCAUGACAACAACCUCUCUGGAAACUCUGCAAAUACCAGACCCGUUUCCGGACUGCAAAAAGCUGCUCGCCCUACGAUACAUCCGGGCCGGGGACGGAGAGCGGCUCCGGGUCAUCCUCGAAGUGGAUACGGACGGCCAGAUCAGUCCCGUUCAGAUUCCCAUGGAUUCAUCAUCAUACGAGUCCCUUGCGCUGAGCAAGAAGGAGUUCAUCUCUUGCAUACAAGCAUUCCCAUUGCUGAGCGAACCUCUGCGACGGUCAGGGCCAAAUGUGCUCCCAGGACAAAGACAACGGAGCGUUGAAAAAAGUGCCGAGCCGGUCCCAGCAACUUCAGCUCCAGGACCGGCAGCGGAGCUUAUCCAAGAUGGAUUUCGAAGGACAAGGAGCCCGCUGAUGGGUUCCAUCAUGGGCCUACUUGGAGGCGUAGGGAAAGCAGAUGCUUUGGCCCUCGAUGUCAUAGUCGAAAGCACUACAUCCUCGGGCAGUCCGACGUCACAGAAAUCCGUGAAAGACAAAGGAUUGCCCCUGCUCUUUGGCGACCUUCUGAACCAAGCAGGUCCCGCGAAGACGCCGCAACUGGCGCUGGAAACGGCGAUGGAUGGCGGAGGACAUGGCGUGAAGGUGUUCCUGAACGAUACCUUGCGAGACUUCCUGGUGAAAGUCCAAGAAGCUUGCUCCAAGCUGGGCAGAACCCUUGCAGGACAGCGCGUCGUGCAGGUGGAGGAGUUAGCCAACAAGUACAAGUGCGUCAACAUAGGCCCGGAGCACCAGGUCUUGGCCUUCAUGCCCGAUGCCAGCCCGGACCCCAAGGACGGGCUGGUGGGGUUGGUGCGUGCCCACGAUGACCGUGCCAGCUGGCAUGCUUUGGAGAAGGACCUGACGUUUCUUGACUACGUCGCGGCUUUCUCCCGAAAUAAGUCCAUGCCGCCGUUUCUCAAAGUGGUACGGGCAGAGGAUGCCGGUACCGGCGAGGGAGGGCGAGCAGAGCGCAGUCGGCCCGUGCUGGCAGGUUCCAUGAGCCCUGCUCGCCGCUGGAGGCCGAGUUGGCGAUUGCACCAGCACCUUGACCAAUCGCACGAGUGGAGGUAA